UGCUGAGCUGAUGAGAUGAGAUUAUAAGUUAAGGUGUCUUUUUACAAGUGUAAGUUUAAUUCUCGGGAUGGGACAUGUCUUAAAUAUUAAGUAGCAAGCAAUUGUUUCUAUAUUCUGUCGUGUGUCAUUCAUUCAUUUUAUCAUGUAAAUAAAAAAGGUGGUCGUGAAUGUGAAAUGACUUUUAAUUAGAAUUAAGCCGUAAACAUUUAAGUUCUCGACUUCAUACGUAAAAGUAUUUUCAUCGUAAUAAUAAUUUUUGACGGGCAAAGAAAUUAGAAACGAGAUGACAUCAAGAUUUCGGGGAAGAAAUAAAUCGGACCAAAAAAUGGAGGAGUUAAAUAUGACAUGACGAGCUUAAGGUCAUUUUAGGCUGGGAGAUUAAUUUGAUAUUGUUCUAGGUUGUAUUUACCACUUUAAUCGAGUUUUUAAUUAAGAUGUGGAAAAAAUCCGAAAUUGGAAGAUUUGACAAAUUUACAUUUAAUUUUUAACAGAACUCAUCACCAAAAUCCUUAGUCGAUAUACCUACUUUCAGUAUAACUUUGGUUUUACGAAUUGCAAAAAACAAUUUUGAAAGUGUCAAAAAUUCCAAAUAUUUUAUGCCGACAUAUCAUUUUCAGGUUAAAAAUUAAAAUGCAAAUAACGCGUUAUAGAAAAUGUAAUAUUAUCGCGACGUUUACGAUUUUUAUAAAUAAAUUAACUAAAAAAUAGAUAUUAAGACUGGACUCCUGGACUAGGUUGGUUGGAAUGUGAUUGUGGAAUUAUACACAAUUUUUUUCUAGAAAUGUGACCUAAAAAAACUAGGUCCCCGACCGAGAUAUGAAUGUCAUCAGUGUCAUCACCAUCUUUAUGUCAUACAUCGACGUCGCUCAAGAUAAUUUUUGCAGUGUUGCAAAAGAAAUGGGAUUUUUAGAGUCGAGCAAAGAAUACAACAAUGAGACGAGACUCAAGAUGCGAGCGAAAACAAAAUCGCCAACUGUCAACUUUUCCAAUUACUCAGCAAAAGUUCAGAAGCCAAUUAAAGUUAAUUUUAAAACAGUAAUUUUAAAAUAAUAUUUAAUUUCGUUUAAUUUCUUAUGAUGAGAAAUAAGUAUAGUUUUUUGUAGAAUAAGAAAUAAGACUGUAGGACAGCUUUUUUUAAAACUAAUUUUGCAAAGCGGUGGGUGCAAACUAAAAAAAUGUACCCGCAACCACCCCCACAACAACAACAGCCACCCCCAUCACAAACGCCAGGAAAUGGUUUGCCCCUACCACCCGGCGUAACUGUGAGACCGACAGGUCCUCAACAAGGAGGAAAUGCGAGCAGUAAUAACAAUGGCGCAGCCGGCAAUCAAAAACAUCAGCCAAAUUAUCACCAACAGCAUCAACCACGCUCUUAUUUUCGCCAACAAGGGUCCAACCACCUCAACAAUGGGGGAGGGAAAGGAGGAAAAGGUGCUUAUCGAACCAGCAGUUGGACCGGAUAUCAAAACCAAAAUCACGCCCAUGUUUUACCCUCUGGUCGAGGUGGAAAUAAUAAUAAUGUCGCCGUCAGCUCGAAUCCUGCUCCCCAUCCUGCCGCGACCACAUCUUCUACAAUCAUUCCUCCAUCGUCCUCCUCCACGAAUCCGAAUUUGGGUCGAUCCUUCUCCAUGUCGUCGUUCCAUCCGCCCCUUUGUGCGUAUACACCAUCGCCUGGCGUGAUCGUGGGUGCCUGGGCGAACGGUCCGCCCUCAAAUUUAGGUGUUUCUCCACCUUUAGGCGGAUUUCAACAUGGUCCUCACCAACAAGGUCAACCUUCGUCGUCCUCAUUUGGUCACCACUUUGGCGGAUUCAACUCCCAGUUUCCAUUCUACUUUAAUAAUACCACAGUGCAUCAACAACGUGUCGGGGGUAUUUUACAGGCACACGGGACAUGUGUUCCACCCUCGUCUGGAGCUAAUGGUGGACCAAGUCACUCCAAAAUGGGUCCAACUAUUCCAGCGCAGCCCAAUUCUAUUUCCGAUCCAGGUGGAAAAGCAGCUUCUUCAGGGUCGGGUUCUUCGUCAACAUCGGCGAAUUCUUCCUCGAUAGAGGCACAAACUGGGAAUAAUAGUUCGGAAGCGGGAGAAACGGUGGUGUCAGACACGAGUCACCCUCCUCCGGACGGAUCGCCACCCAUGUCUACUCCGGAUCCCAUUCCUCCUCCUUCGUCACCUCCCCCAGUUUACCGGAUGCCAAAGAAACUCUCCAUCACACACAACCUGUGUCGAAUCUGUUGUGGGCCGAAUGGUCGCCUUUGUCUGGGAUGCCGUCAUGUGGCCUAUUGUUCGGAAAGAUGUCAACGGCAAGACUGGCCCACGCACAUUUCGGAUUGCAACCCUGCCGUCCUUCUGAAUAAGAAGAUCGCGUUGGAAUAUUUGCUGAGGGAAGGAGUCUGUCAAGGCAAACAAAAUCGAUACCCGGCUGGUCGUGAGGGUACGAAUGAAGGAAUCAUUGGAGAUGUGAAACGGCACAAGAAACCGAUCCUGAUUCCGACCCCGUGCCCGCCAGAAACUGAAUCGAAAAAACUCGAAUUUCGUCGAAAAAUCGCGCAAAAGUCGAAAUCUGUUCCAAACAUUGGUGAAAAAAUGGACGACGUCGCAUCUUGCGAAUCCUCCCCACAUACUCCUCAUGCGGAUGACCAGAUUCACGACACGUACUUAGACGACACUUACUCCUCCGACUCGGACUUGGACGGUUCCACGCCAAACAUCACGGACAGCAGUUGUGACGACGGCGAAGGGGAUGCCAGACAAGAAAAAUGGAAUGGAAAAAUGUUGACGGCGAAGAAUCUCGAGCCUUGCGACAUGGUGGCGUCACUCUCUCCAGUUAUGAUUACAUGUUGCAACACGAUGCUCACCCCAAAUCCGCCAGAUUCUGUGACAUGUCUAAACUGCACGCGGUGGUAUCAGGCUUCUCUUGGCUAUCGAUGUUCAACUUGUCGAUGGCCUGUUUGUUCUUUCGAGUGUGAAAAGAGCUAUCUCCACGCCUUCUUUGAAUGUAAAGUAUUCGCAGCCACGCAACGCUUCCCACCCGCGUUGAAAGACCACACCCAGUUUUUCAACGAUGCCGUCCUCAUGAUUCGCUGUCUCCUCUUGAAGACUGUGAACCCUCCGAAAUACCUCGAACUCUACGAGCUCCUCGACAUCUGCGACAAGUACGAGAAGAAGCCCGAGUUUGUCGCGGAGGACUUGCGGAUCGUAAAAUUCUUGCGGGACGAGUGCAACAUUGAAUCUUUUACGGACGAUUUUAAAGGAGAAGCUGAACUGAUGAGAUUCAUCAAUGUCGUCGACGUCUGCAGCAUCGUGGUCAACGACAGGAUAUUCAUCCAAAUCCAUGACCAGGGCAAGUCGUACUAUGCGGCAAAAUACGUCUUUCCCGUUAAACUAUUCGUGACGCAGGAGUGCGUUCCAAACUGCAAAUGGUCUAUCAAACACUCCUCAAAGUUUGAAGACUGUGCCCUUCGGAUUCACGCCGCGGUCCCACUUCCCGCGCAAAAUUAUGUCACGACAUGUUUCACGGAUAAGCACGUGAUCGGAUCCUGGUUUCAGUCAGAGUUGCUCAACUCGUCAAAGUUUAACGUGAGAUGCGACUGUCGCCGAUGUCGCGACCCGAGUGAGUGCGGUUCCUACUUUUCCGCUGUGCGAUGCGAAUGCAAUAAAACGAAGGACGUUCUUCCCAAGCCGGACGGUUACUUGUUGCCGAGAGACCCUUUAAAUCCAGAUACUGCGUGGAUCUGCCAAUCUCCAGAGUGUGGCCUUGUCAUCGACGGGGGACAAAUUCGCGACAAGACUGUGAAACUGCAUGAAGAAAUUCAUCGGAUGAACGAAGACUUUUAUGCUCUCCAUCAAUUUAAAUGGAAACUCGAGCAGACGGAACUUCACCCGAAUCACUUCCUAAUUUUGAAAAUUUCCGUCCUUUGUGUCAUGCUUUUUUGGGGGAGUGUUCGCGGUCUGCCCUUUUUCUCAUCGAGAUACGACUUCUUCAUCGCCACGGUGCACUUGGCGAAUGACGCGUUACGAAUUUAUGAUCAUGUUUCUCCCGGAAUGUCGAUUCAUCGCGCUCGGAUCUUGUUCCAAUUUCAAGUCGCCCAAGCGUACAAAUCUCUACGGGACGUGCGGCGUUACAUGGAAUGGAAAGAACGGGAAGGGACAAGGCAAGGGAGGCAUAAACAAUCCCCCACGCCCGGCUGUCCGGUCAACUUUUGGAGUUUGAUUGGCGUUCAACAAGAGGCUAAUGCUAUUUUAAAGACUGAACCCUACGGCACGAUGGAGUACGAGAUGGGUGUAAUCCUCCAAGAAAUAAUCGAAGACCAGUACGACCUCCUCGCAACCUCGUUAAAAGACGUGAACCUCGAAAUGGCCGCAGUCUACAAUCUGCACCGAAUUUACACCCGUUUCUCCAACCAGUACUACUACCCAUCCGUCCCCGUCUAUGAGGACAAGGACAUUCAAGAGUUCCUCGUCAUGAUCGGACCCUGUGCGAGACAUUUGGUGGAAAAAAUAAACUUCCCAUUUUAACAAAGUUUGGAGGAAGACUGAGUUAUUUUUUUUAUAAAUGUAAAUAUUUGUAUGCGUAAAAUCAGAGCUGUAAUUAAUUUUGGGUCAAAUUUUAGGCGUAUCUUUACGUCACAAUGCGAAUAGGAGACCAUUAAUUUACUAUUGAUCUACUUCCCGAGACGGAUCCGACAGUUUAUUUAUUACACACGUCAUUAUUAGAAUUAGACAGGCAGACAACAUUGAUUUCCCAUCAAAUCUCCGUUAAAAUCAGGCAACCACCCACGUCCGUCCGUUCCGUGUACAUUACUUGAGAUUGAAACGCUGCGGGAUUCCAGCUCAAAGGUCUUCUUGUUAAAAAGCUAACGGACUUUGAAAUUAGAAUUUGUUUUUUAACAGGGGUUCACGUCCAUAUUUUAUACUUUGGGUAGUGGGAGCAAACUACGCAUACUUAUUUUUUUAGGUAGGAAUUAAAUUAUUUUGCGACAAGGUCUCGUUUUGGUUGUAAAUAUUAUUUGAAAAUUGUCAAGUUCAGCUAGCUAGACAUUAAAAUAAACUGUGCCAAAUAAUUUUGUGACCUAUUUAUUUAGUUUUAUAAUUUUGUUUACUAUGUAUGUGCUCGUGUAUGAAUUAUGUGAUGCAUUCGUGUCGCCGUGCACGUCGUAUUUACAGAUUUUACAUUUUAAUUUUGAUGCAAGAAUUUAGUAACAAAAAAGUUGGAUUUUCAAUAACCUGUGUCUAAUACUAAUUACGCUUUUAGCUAAGUUUUUUUUGCUGUGUAAAAAAAUAUGAUGCGUACCACUUUCUCUUUCAAAAAUAUGCAUAAAUUAUUGUAUGAGUUAAAAAUGUGGCGUUGAAUUGGAGUGUCAAAUAAUAAAUAAAUUUCCAGCCGCAGUUGGUAAAAUUGGGAAA